AGGAAACUUUAAUAAACAUCGCCAUCUUCUGUACAACUCAACCAUGGGACACAAAUAUAAUCAGAUUGAAUCCCUGGAAGGACUCGAACUAAAAGACCUUGGAAACAUCGAGAAUCAUGGACUUCUUGAAUCUUUCAACCCUCCGUUGGAAGAUGACUCACUGGUUUCAGAUGCCGACGAUGGUCGGUUGGUCAGCUCACACUCCUCACUGCCUCCCUCCACCGGGGCGUCCGAGAUUGAUAGAAAUAUCCAUAACGCCAUUCGAAACGAAGGGGCUUCUUCCCACUACGACGUGGCAGUCCUGGGCGAGGCUGCCCCUGAACAUACCGCCGGCAGCAGCAGUAAUAGCGGUGGUCUGGAGCCAGACUUGGAAAACCAGCUUCCACAUAUCAGGUUGACGAGAACCCAACGAGUGAUGAAUGUAUUACAGCAUCUUGUGCCAAUAAAACUGACAUAUGAUCGAAUUUCCAAUGGAUUGGCCACUGGAAGAAUGCAGCCUAAUGUUCCAGGGAGGUUCAUUGGUCAAGGUACUGAUGGGGUGUUUAGGAACUUGAUGGCCAAGCCCGAUACCGAGUACAACGGAGCGAAGAAUGAAACCAAUCCUCCAACCUAUGAAGAAGCAGCGGCCGAUUCUACGCCCGAGUACUGGGAAACAUCAGUGAUUGCUCCUAUAUAUGAAGAUGAGGUGUUUGUAGAAGGCUUGCCAGUGGGAAAUAUCGCCAAUUUUGUAUGGAAUAUGUUGGUGACGGUUGCAUUUCAAUUUGUGGGAUUCUUAUUGUGUUAUUUAUUGCAUACAUCUCAUGCUGCCAAGCAUGGAUCGAGGGCUGGGUUGGGAGUGGUGUUCAUCUUCUACGGGUGGAAUUUGGUACCCUCUAACUUUGGGAGUGCUGAUAAGUUACCAGAUAGGUAUGAGCCUAAGAACCCCAAUAACUAUAACAUCGAUAAGAACACUGCCAUUGAUGAUGCAGGCGUCGACAAUUAUGCCUCCGACUUAUAUCUGCAUCAAGCUGAUGAGACGGUAUCUACUACCCCAUAUUUUGCCUAUGGGUUAAUUGCAUUUGGGUUAUUAGUGAUUUGUAAAGCAUUGGUGGACUACUAUAGGGUCAAACAAAUGGAGCAAGUGAUCUUGCAUCCCCCAGGAUCAGAAUAUCAAACUAACACCAUUACCUCCACUACCACUAAUUAUGAAAACGAGAACCACAACGAUAAUGAAAUUGAUGAUAAUGGCCCUACUUGGACCCAGUCUGAACUUUCUCCUCCUAGCUAAUCUUUCUUGUUGAUAUUUUAUAUAAAACUAUACUUUUAAUGACUAUGUUAUUUCUAAUUCAAUACCACCAACAUCUUUUCAUAAAUGGUGAAUACAAUUCCCCCACUCAACACCAAUCUACCUAAUCUGGGGGUAGCACCUUUCCAAAAUGUCGAUAAACCUUCUUCUCUAAAGAUCCUGACAAAACAGUUUAACGUAGAUGAGUACAAUUUAUCGGCACCCAACGCUUGCAUUCUUGUUUUGACCGUAUCAAUGGGCAUUGUGGUAUAAACAGUGACGGUUCCAGCGAUCGAACCCACUGCAAAUGUAGCAGCUGAGUUCAAUGGAACAUCUGCAGGUGUGUUUGAAGCUUGUUGAAUCAUGGUUUUGAUGGAAUUAUAGGAGCCCAAUCUGACGGCUUGGUUGGCUGCUUGUCUCAUAGAAACCGGCACCACUCCAGCGUAAAUACCUUUAAAUCCCAUAUCUCUACAUAAUUUGACACUACCAGAAAUCAAGCCAUUCUGAUACUUUGGAGACUUGGUUUGUUUGUCAUCGAUCAAUGCGGUUUUGAUGGCCUCAAAAGGUGUCACAGCUACCACAGACUCCAAUAAACCAGCUCCCAAACCUGCCAAAACACCCCUGGGACCGGAUAAUUUCCCAUCUUUAUCGGCCA